UGGCAGACCAAAGAAUGGACAUUUCCUCCACAAUGAAUGAGUUCAUGUCCCAGAGCUCUGCGGACCUCAUCAGCAGUUCCAUUGGCACCACGGGCAUGGACUACACCCGCAAGAGGAAGGGCAGCACCACCGAAUACCAUCCUCAUGGUGGCGUAGUGACUCGCCUCAAUCUGGGUGGCGGAGGACGAAUCUCAGUUGCCUCCGCGUCUGAGACCGUCAAUCCACGCAUCUUAUCACGUGGCUUGUUGAGUGCAGUACUGCGGAGACGUAGUGUGUGUGGAGGCUUCACGCUAUUCUCUGCGGCAUCCUCGCACAACUCACUACACGCCCCACCGAGAGCGAGAACCACAUUAUAGCAACCACGAGGAGGUUACCCCAUGUGACUCUACCCUCCCUAGCAACCGGGCCAAUUUGGUUGUUUAGGAGACCUGGCUGGAGUCACUCGGCACGCCCUGGAUUCGAACUCGCGACUCCGGGGGUGGUAGUCAGCGUCUUUACUCGCUGAGCUACCCAGGCCCCCUGUUAUCUUGAUUAUUAAUAAAUUAUCUGAUAUAAGUAAUGUUAAGUUUUGGCAGAAGUUUCCAUGUCUGUGGGUUUUGUUUUUUGUUUUUGUUUUUUGGAGAAAAUAACUUUUGAGCUAUUUUGUACUUUUCCAUUUCAAAACUAUAGUAUGGAAAAUAGUUUUUGAACAGUUUUCUGUUUGAUGAUUUUGUACAAAUUGUCAGGAACUUUGAAAGCAAAUAGUGAAGAAUAAUGCUGACAAACGUAGUACUAUUUAAAUUUGAAUCUCAAAGGUUUUUUUAGACGUUUUCUCAGUUAGCAGUUAGCAUGAAAUCACCCUGAUAUUAAAGGUGCUGUAAGCGAUUUAGCCAUUCUGAAACUUCCACGAGACUGAACCGUUGAAUUAGUCAUGCCUCCUCUUUCCAAAACUCCGCCCUCCAAAGAUACAGUUGAGACCAAGUGCAUCUUCUCACAGUUGUCAAACACAAAAGUAGCAAAAUAUCACCAUCAACUGUUAUUAAUCCGAAUAUAACAAUAUACCUGUAUGUUCUGCUUCAAUAUGAGAAUGCACAAAAUGAUUCUCAGGCAAAAAGCACAUCAGAGUCUUCUGAUUGGCUGAUUACAGAAUGUGUCCGCGGGCACAUUUUUCUUUACACAGUCUAGUGCUGUCACAGAGACCGGAGAGAUAUCUCAGGACACUUAUUUCAGUGAUAUCUUUCAGGGAGAAGGAAUAUUUUCUGCACACCAUUCCAUAAAAUAUUUGCUUACAGCACCUUUAAUAUGUCUUAAGUAAAACAAUAAUAUUUACUAUCAUAAGUGUUUAUAUUACAUGGUGUUUAGUAAGGUAAACAUUGUUUCUUUUUUUCCAGAAUUGAUGGUUUUUCAUUUGACGAUAGCAUGGACAUUGACAAGGAUAAGACACUUGCAAGGGAUGACCAUCCGGGCCGGAUAAAAAAUGCCAGGGAGGCUCACAGUCAGAUAGAAAAGAGACGCAGAGAUAAGAUGAACAGUUUUAUAGAUGAGUUGGCAUCAUUAGUCCCCACUUGCAAUGCCAUGUCUCGAAAGUUGGACAAACUCACUGUACUGCGCAUGGCUGUCCAACACAUGAAAACGUUAAGAGGAGCCACUAACCCAUACACCGAAGCAAACUAUAAACCAGCAUUCUUGUCGGAUGAUGAAUUAAAGCACUUGAUAUUGAGGGCUGCCGAUGGCUUUCUCUUUGUAGUUGGUUGUGAUCGUGGAAAGAUUCUUUUUGUCUCGGAGUCUGUUUACAAAAUUCUCAAUUACACUCAGAAUGAUCUGAUUGGCCAGAGUUUGUUCGACUAUCUGCAUCCAAAAGACAUUGCCAAAGUGAAAGAGCAGCUGUCAUCUUCGGAUACAGCACCACGGGAACGACUCAUUGAUGCCAAAACUGGUCUACCAGUGAAAACUGACAUCACUCCAGGGCCCUCGAGGCUUUGUUCAGGGGCCCGUCGUUCCUUUUUCUGCAGAAUGAAAUGUAACCGGCCCUCUGUCAAAAUGGAGGACAAGGACUUCCCCUCAACUUGUUCUAAAAAGAAAGCAGACCGCAAGAGUUUCUGCACCAUCCAUAGCACUGGCUACCUGAAAAGCUGGCCACCCACCAAGAUGGGUUUGGAUGAGGAUAACGAACCCGAUAACGAGGGCUGCAACCUCAGUUGUCUGGUGGCUAUCGGCCGUCUGCAUCCACAUAUCGUCCACCAGCCCAUGAACGGCGACAUCCGUGUUAAACCCACAGAAUACGUGUCUCGCCACACCAUUGACGGCAAGUUUGUUUUCGUGGAUCAGAGGGCGACAGCCAUCCUGGCGUACUUGCCCCAGGAGCUUCUAGGAACGUCGUUUUAUGAGUAUUUUCAUCAGGAUGACAUUGGCCACCUCGCUGAGUGCCACAGACAAGUGCUACAAAUGAGAGAAAAGAUCAACACAAACUGUUACAAGUUCAAGAUAAAGGACGGCUCUUUCAUUACUCUGAAAAGCCGCUGGUUCAGCUUCAUGAACCCCUGGACCAAAGAGGUGGAAUAUAUCGUUUCUACAAACACUGUUGUUUCGGGCAGUAUGCUUGAAGGAGCAGAUUAUUCACAAUCAGCCUCCUCCCCCCAGAGCAUGGACAGUGUUCUAACAUCAGGAGACGGUAUAGGGAAGCGUGCUUUUCAGACUGUUCCUGGUCUGCCAGGAGGCACUAGAGCGGGAGCUGGAAAGAUUGGACGCAUGAUCGCAGAGGAAGUCAUGGAGAUUCAGAGGAUUCGAGGCUCCUCCCCCUCCAGCUGUGGCUCCAGUCCUUUGAAUAUCACUGCCACUCCUCCACCUGACACCUGCUCUCCAGGGGGCAAGAAGAUUCAGAAUGGUGGGACUCCAGAUCUGCCUUCAGCAGGAAUUGUGCCUGGGCCUGACUCAAUAGGAUACCCAUAUUCAAAUAAUUCAAUAAUGAGUGAUAACUCCCAUCUUAGCAUUGACAUCAUGGAAGAACCCGGAUCCAGCAGCCCCAGCAAUGACGAGGCAGCCAUGGCCGUUAUCAUGAGCCUCCUUGAAGCUGACGCUGGUCUGGGCGGACCUGUAGACUUCAGCGACCUACCCUGGCCUUUGUGAAACCACAGCGGAGUGCCACAAGGAUGUGUAUUGGGUCCAAGGCUAAUCAGGUCUAACUGCAGGAACUAUACCACAGCUCAUGCACGGUGGUUUGUGGAGGACUAACGAGACUGCUGAUGUUAGAUACAGGACCUCCUUCUCAAAGCACACAUAAAAUGGUUCAGCUCCAUACUUCCACCACCCCCUCUGACUGGAGAUAUUGCAUUUCUCUUCUCACGAUGUUCUGACCUGCCUGUUUCUCUGUAGAUAUCGGCCUGUAUUAUCCCUAUGAUGCCCAUCAACAAACAUUAUCUUUAUACAUAUAUAAAUAUAUAAAUUUUUGUUUGUUUUAAUGUUUUUACACUACGGAAGUUGUUUUAAUGUUAAAUAUUCUAUAUGCAGAUUGUAACUAAUGUUGUAAUUCUAUUAUGUAAGAAUUCUUUAUGCAAAAUAUAUAUAGUAAAAGUGUAACGUAUUAAAAUAAAAUAAAAAAAUUUGUCUUCA